AUGGUGUUGGUGUUUCGCAAAAAGUAUGGCCACUUGAACCUGACUUUUUCUAUUGGAGAGCAGAUCAGUUCUGAUAACAGAAGAUCCACACUAAACAUAGCAUGUCCAUCAGAGGAGCAAAUGUUGUUUAUCACUGCAUCUCUUCACAUGUUGGCAAGCCUGAUAUCUAUGAAGGCACUAUACAAGGUGGUGGCGCCGUACCUGCUUGGUGCGGACAGGAGAAGAUGCAGGGGCUCCGCUUCUCGACCUCGUCGACAUCAUCGUGCCCCUCCACCGCUGGUUUUGUUACUCAGGCGGCACUACGGCUCUACUAUGGCAGGCCUGCUUGUGGCUCAGCUCGCAGCCUCAGUCGAUUUGCUCUGCGUCUCCAACCGUCCAAAGAUCCCAACCCUAUCAUCGUCUCCUACCACGAGCUCGGCAACGAGAUCGGACACGGCAAGUUCGGCUCCGUUCGGAUCUAUGCCGUUCAAGAGGUUCGUGCUGAUCGGGUGGGUGGCCCUGGUGAACUACGGCAAGGACUACGGCCGCCUCGUCGUCAUCGUCGACGUUGUUGACCAGAACAGGCUGCAUUGCUCUGUUAUACACUUAUACCACUGUUUAUUGGUAUAUCCCCAAGAACGUCGAGGACACGGUCCACCGCGAGGUCGAGAUCAUGCAACACCUCUCGGGCCACCCCGCCGUCGUCACGCUGAAGGCCGUCUGCGGUGGUUGCAAAUCGAAGCAGCUGAAAGGGACAAGGCGAUUGGGAGUCAGGGACUACAUAUCCCUCCUCUCCUUGAUUUUCUGUCCAAAAUAUAA